AGGGGGGGAGGUUGGUGGAAGGGCUGCUUGCAUGGACAGUGAAAGGGCUCGGCGGAGCUCCUUUAGUCAGUAGGCCUUGUAAUCACUUGGCAAGGAGCAACAAUGGUGCCUGCGUGCUUGAGAAAAUCCCCAUCUGCAAGACGUCUGCAGCUUAGAUCAGGCCUGCUGAUGGUCUGAGUUCUUUUAUGCGGUUGAGGGAGAGAGAAGAGAAGAGAGAAAAAAGUUGGAGCGAGGGGAAGAGAUGUGGGGCGGUGAGCUGUGAGCAGAGCUGGAAUGCCAUUGUUAGAGCUCGCCGCUCUGUGUUUCAGAGAGACAGCUGCCUCUUGAGGCCUGCUUGCUUAUGUGAGACAGGCAGUCCAGUUCACAGUGAAUCCCCCCCCCUCCAUCUCCCCACAGACAGACAGACAGGUGGGGCCUGAGCUCAGCCAGCUGGGAGUCAAGGGAAGGAACUAGGAGGAAUUUUUGGGAGUGGCUAUUUAAAGCUUCCUCUUUCCUCUCCUUACUCUCAAAGAAAAGGGGCCUAGUUAUAUUUGUCAUUACUGCUAAGAGCUGGAGGGCGGAGCGGGGACGCUUUGGCCUGUGGUGCUACAGUAGGUGAUGUGCAGGCUUGAUACUUAGCCCCAUCCGAUUUCAGGCUGAGAGAGCACUGACUGUGUCAAUGCAGCCUCAAAUGAGAAAUUACAAACACCGCUGCUGGGACACGAAAGAUGAGGCGAUGCUGACAAAUUGUAGAGUCAUAGGACUGUGACGCACGAAGAGGCGAUGGGUUAAGCGGUCCUUCUGCCCACUUUGAAUGUCCGUCACUAUGGCUAAGCGUGAGACCGGCAGCACCAGCCCUGUGGUCAGGCAAAUAGACAAGCAGUUCCUGGUCUGCAGCAUUUGUUUGGACCAUUAUCACAACCCUAAGGUCUUGCCCUGCCUGCACACCUUCUGUGAGAAAUGUCUACAGAACUACAUUCCUCCGCAGUCUUUGACACUGUCCUGCCCAGUAUGCAGACAGACCUCUAUCUUGCCAGAGAAGGGUGUUGCAGCCUUGCAGAACAACUUCUUCAUAACAAACCUAAUGGAGGUGUUACAGCGAGACCCUGAGUGCAGCCGACCCGAAGCCUGUAAUGUUCUCGAGUCAGCCAGUGCAGCUACGGCCUGUCAGCCCCUCUCUUGCCCCAACCACGAGGGCAAGGUGAUGGAGUUUUACUGCGAGUCAUGUGAAACAGCCAUGUGUCUGGAGUGUACAGAAGGAGAGCACAGGGAACAUGUGACAGUUCCUCUGAGGGAUGUGCUAGAACAGCACAAGUCGGCACUAAAAAACCAGCUGGACGCUGUUCGCAACAGACUACCUCAGCUGACGGCUGCUAUUGAACUUGUGAACGAGAUAUCCAAGCAGCUCACGGAGCGGAAAAAUGGCGCAGUGACUGAAAUCAGCAACACUUUUGACGAGCUGGAGAAGGCUUUGCACCAACGCAAGACUGCUCUCAUUACUGAGGUGGAAAACAUCUGCAGCACUAAGCAAAAGGUGCUUCAAGCCCAGCUGACCUCUUUGCUUCAGGGUAAAGAGAACAUUCAAAGCAGCUGCAACUUCACAGAGCAGGCCCUGAGCCAUGGCAGUGCCACUGAGGUCCUGUUGGUCCAGAAGCAGAUGGGUGAGCGGGUCAGUGCCCUGGCACGACACACCUUUCCUGAGCAUCCCCAUGAAAAUGGACAUCUGGAAUGCCAGGUAGAGACGGAUGGACUGAGGCGCUCCAUCCAGAACCUGGGAGUCCUGAUCACAACGGGGGCUGUAGGGCAUACUAGUGUUGCCACCGGUGAAGGCCUGAGACAUGCACUGGUCAGCCAGCACACUACUGUCACAGUCACUACUAAAGACAAGGAUGGAGAACUAGUGAAGACUGGAAAUGCUGACCUGAGGGCAGAGAUUGUCUCUGCAGAUGGAGCGUGCACUGAAGCUGAGGUGGUGGACAACAAGAACGGCACCUAUGAGGUUGGAUAUACAAUCCGCUCGGAGGGAGAAUUCUCCUUCUCUUUGCUGCUAUAUGAGCAGCCUGUGAGGGGGAGUCCGUUCCGUCUGCGUGCUGUCAAACCGUCGGAUGUCCUGCAGUCACCAGACGAUGUGAAGAGAAGGGUGAAGUCCCCGAGUGGAGGAGGAGGUCAUGUUCGACAGAAAGCUGUGCGCAGGCCCUCCAGCAUGUACAGCACCACCAAGAAAAAGGAAAACCCAAUAGAGGAUGAGCUGAUCUACAGAGUGGGAACAAGAGGACGAGAUAAAGGAGAAUUCACUAACCUACAAGGCAUCUCGACCUCCAGUAAUGGACGGAUCGUUGUGGCAGACAGCAACAACCAGUGCAUACAGGUAUUUUCAAAUGAUGGACAGUUUAAGAUGAGGUUUGGUGUCAGAGGUCGUUCACCGGGGCAGCUGCAGCGCCCCACAGGGGUCACAGUCGACAUGAACGGCGACAUUAUUGUAGCUGACUACGACAACAGAUGGAUUAGCAUCUUCUCCUCAGAUGGCAAGUUUAAGAACAAAAUUGGUGCUGGAAGACUGAUGGGACCCAAAGGCGUGGCUGUGGAUAAGAAUGGACAUAUCAUCACGGUUGAUAAUAAGGCCUGCUGUGUCUUCAUCUUCCAAUCAAAUGGGAAGCUGGUGACAAAGUUUGGAGCCAGAGGAACAUCAGACAGACACUUUGCAGACAAAAGUGGUGCAAACAUUGCACUGGAACAAAAGCUUAGUAAAUCUGGCCCUGUUUUCAGUCCUCACUUUGUGGCUGUAAAUAACAAAAAUGAAAUUGUGGUAACAGACUUCCAUAACCAUUCAGUCAAGGUGUACAAUGCAGAUGGGGAGUUCCUGUUUAAAUUCGGCUCCCAUGGAGAGGGAAACGGCCAGUUCAACGCUCCAACAGGCGUGGCUGUGGAUUCCAAUGGAAAUAUCAUUGUUGCCGAUUGGGGCAACAGUCGGAUCCAGGUGUUCGACAGCUCUGGGUCUUUCCUAUCCUACAUCAACACAACAGCGGACCCCCUUUAUGGCCCCCAGGGCCUGGCCCUGACGUCUGAUGGUCAUGUGGCGGUGGCAGACUCUGGGAACCACUGCUUCAAGGUCUACCGCUACCUGCAGUAGAGCCCUGAGACAGCCAUCUUCACCACUGCAAGCACUGACAAUGACACAACUAAUGUAUUCCACAGGGUGCAAUGACCUUUUCAAUACAGCCUUUUGAUGUGCACAUGAGUUAAUCUCCCGGAUAUAAUUAAGUGUCUGAACCUGAGUUUACCCUCCUUACGGUGUGUAUUGAAGGUUGUUUUGGGUAAGUUGGGUAAUGUAGCAUCCUUGAGACAAGUAAUGGACAUAAAGCUAUGGACUGGUUUUAGAGCGUGCUGAUGGUAUUAUUAAGCUACACUUUAUUUAAGACCGGACAGGGUAGGAGAUAGAUUGAAGUAUUUAAUGAGCCAUAACUUGUCCAAAUGCAUGAAGUUUUAUUUUAUCUUAACGCCUAGGCAACAACACAGUGUACCCAUCAGUUGCUUUUCUCAUGAACUAGUUAACGCUUACAGUGAAAUGAACAGUGCUAUGCUUCUCCAGCAAUGAAAUGUAAAAAUUCUCAUUUACUUACAUCACAUAAAAAUGUCACCACCAUCUGUGCAUUGAUUUGCUGUAUGUACUGUAUAUAUACAUAAAUGUAUAUUGUGUAUAUUAGAUCACUCCGUAUGUAUUUGCUAUGAUUUUGAAACACAUAGCCUUUUGGCUAUUCAGAGAGCAGCAGUCAAGGAUUCCAGGAUUUUAAAAAACAUGUGUAUGGCAGCUGUUAAAAAAAGUGUGCUUUUUAAACAUACCCAGCACAUGCUUAAAAGAAGAAGAGUGUCAUAUUUAUUGUUAAUGUAAGCAGCACAAUAAUUUUUGUUAAUAUCUGUUUUAAAGGGAAAAAAACAAAAUGAAAAAAAAAAGCUAAUUUAUUUUAUUUUAUACACUAGCUCAGCAGUUACAGAUUAUUUUUCUAAAUUGAAGUGCUUUUUUUUCCCCCUUUGAAGAUUCAUACGUUAACCCUUUCCCUUAAAUAUUUCACCCUAAAGCAGAAUUCAGUAUCUCCUCUCAUGUGGAAAAGUUAGACCAGUAUUUCCAAAGUGACAAAAGCUGUUUUCAUCUGGGAAGAAAUCAAGAAAGUUUUCUAGUUUCUGUGUUCAGAAAUAAUGGCUAAAGAUAUGGGCUCACAGAAUGAUCGUUUUUGCCUUUUAACAAUUUAAAAGCUUUAUUCUUUGAAGUGCUAACAAACCCGAAAGGAUACACAUAACUCAGGAAAUUCAUCCAAAUUAGAUCAACAUGUCAGUGGAACAAUGUUAAAUAUUAUUUCUUCUGAUGGAGUUUUAGGGAGACAUUGGGAGCGUUUGUGUAAGUGAAGUCUGGAUCCAAGAUCACAGAAAUUAUUGGGAUGGAAUAUGAAUUCUGUUUUACAGGUUUGUUUUUUUGGCUUUCACAUAGGAAACAAAUUGUUAAAUGAUAAUUUAUUAAAUGACAUUUUCCAGCAAACUCAUCCACGCUUUAGAAUACACUCGCCUAUGAUACAAGCUAUCGAGUUUCUGCCUGCACCACAUCAAGCCAUGACUCCCAAGGAAAAAUCUGUACCAAUCGAGCUGUUGCUGCUCUUCCUCCCUCUAGUGUCCAUAAUGUGUAUUGUCAUAAGAAAACCUGGUGCCACAGCAGGGGAGAGAGCAGGUGCAGGAAGAAGGCAACUUCCUGGUCUGACAUAAUUACCCACAGCGCUGUACUGAACACCAAAACCAACAUUAACCCUCCCACUGUAAAAAUUCACACAGCUACAGGAUAUGACCUAAUGUCAGCGGGAUGCUGCUCUUUUUCAGGCACCUGAUCUGUUGUUUGACUAGUUGCCAACAGGAGCCCAGAUACCUUUUAAAGAGUCUACGGCUCACCUUUUUGACAUGCGUCUGAAGCAUUUUACCCUAUGCUGUUUUUGUCACACCAAUACAAACAAUUUUGUUUUCUCUAUCAAUAUGCACUGGUAAUAAAAGCACAUGGUUUACUGA